AUGUCCGUUCCUCGUGAACAGCUUAAAUUUCGGGCUCCUCCCUCUAUGAAGUUGAGCGACGGGUCCGCCUCAUCCUUGACAGCACCACUAGAGCCAGUACCCGCCACUCUUACACCGGCUGCGAGAGCAGCGGCUCGAUUUGGCGUUAGUGGCAACGCCAUCGUUACCGGUGGUGCAGGCGACAUUGGCUCCGUCGCCUGCCGAGCCCUGCUCGAGCACGGCUUGCGAGGCCUCGCCAUCUUCGACCUCCACCCUGAAGCAGGCCAAGCCACUGUCAACAGUCUCAAGACUGAGUUUCCCGAAGCUAUAAUCACCUUCACUAAGGUCGACGUAACCGAUGUGAAGGUGGUCACAGAAGCCGUCGCGCAGGCUGAACAAGACAUUGGCCCCAUCAAUAUUUGUCUCUGCUUUGCAGGUAUCGCGUUUGCAGCUCAUGCUUUGGAAAUCGCCCCAGAACAGUGGAGGAAGAUGAUUGAGGUCAAUACCACUGGUGCGUUCCUUUGUGCACAGGCAGUGGCGAAGUCCAUGGUGAGCAGAGGAACGGGGGGUAGCAUCAUUCUCAUGGCGAGCAUUUCAGCCCACGUUGUGAAUUUCCCACAGCCCCAAGUCCACUACAACGCGGCAAAGGCUGCUAUUCUGUCUGUGAAAAGCUCUUUGGCAGCUGAGUGGGCGAGAUACGGUAUCCGGGUCAACAGCAUCAGCCCGGGAUACAUGGACACUAUACUGAAUGAGGGAGAGGGUCUUGAGGAGCAUAGACAAGUCUGGAAGCAAAGGAAUCCAUAUGGGCGUAUGGGGCAGCCGGAGGAGCUGACGGGUGCUGUGAUCUUACUGGCGAGCAAGGCGGGGAACUACAUAACGGGGGCGGACAUCCUCGUUGACGGAGGCAUCAGUGUUUUUUGA